AUGUUAACAGAUGAAAGCGACACAGGCAGUGGGAAUUCGAGUCACACAGGCUGCAAGACACUGUUAAAUCAUGGCUUAGAAAAGACCAAAAUGGAGUGUCGUACAGAGGAGGUGAUUUAUGUAGAAGAACAGGUGUUAACAUCGGGUCCUUUCUCCAUUGACGGUUCCUUUUUAACUUGUUAUGAUGUAUCUGAAAAAGGAGGAUGUACAAUGACUCUACCUCAGAACGAGACCCAGGGACGCAGAAAUCUUUUUCCCAUUGGAAGCUUUUGCAAUCUACGAGUGGACUGUGUUUUGAACACCUCGCUAUUAAAGAUCCCAGACGUUCUGAAUGAUAGCGAUUGCUCUUCACGUGUAUUCAAAUUGACUAGUUUUACAUACACAUGCAUACAGAAAAAACAUAUAUAUUCAUUGAAGGAAGACACGAGUUUGUCGGAGAGAACAAGAGACGUGCAUCUUGUAACAGACAGUUUCGGUGGCAACUUUAAUUGUGACGUAGCUGGACCUUUUAGCUAUCUGUACUUGUUAGAGCUAAAAGAGGCCACAUUGUAUGUCUCAAGAGAUGGCCAACAAUUAUACAAGAACGAUGAUAUGGACAUAUAUGGAGAAGAUAUCGGCUUGUAUGUAAACAGCAGUAAUUGCACUACAUGUAUGUACGCGUUAAACAUAUCAUCAGCACGAAAAGGACGGAUGUGGCUUCAUCUAAAAGGCGAUGAUAUCAUAGUUAAUUGUACACGAAUUCCGUCCAGUAUACAUCCGCUCGUAGCCACGGAAAGAACAAUGAAGAUGACGUUGUCAAACGAUGAUGUACCUUACACGAAAGGUUAUAAUUCUCGUCUGUUCGUUCUGCUGGUGUCUGGUUUGGUUUUGGCCUUAGUUUUAAUGGCUGGACUUUACGUCAUGCAAAGAAGAAAUUACCUUAAGAAGUUGAACAAUUCGGAUCAACAAAAUGAUACAAGGAUAUCGAGCGAGUUCAGCGUUCACGUGACCGAUGCGGCUGAGAAUGCCAACAUCUACUCGGAAAUCUCUCCGAUGGCUUCUCUUGAAUUUGACAUUGACAAAGGUACUAUUCUGUCCAGAAUUGACGAAGUUAUAUUGUCGGUACUUCAGCAAAUAAACGAUAAUAAACCACCGGCUUUAAGUCAUUUUAACCGAUCCACCUGGCUUAACGUAUCUUACAAUGAAAAUAUUGGUCUCUGUGUCAAUGACGCCAUGAAGAUGACGUCAGUACGUUUUGACUCCAAGCAAUCGAUCAAGAAGUUCACAUUGAUGAUGAAAUUGCUGUCGAUGAUUUACCGUCUAAUCCAGACAGGUAGUUUCUGCACUAAACGUGAUCUUUACUAUCAAGACACUACGCUGUUUGGAAACCAGACGGCAUUAGAUGAAGCGCUGGAAAAUGUGUCCUGUAUGAUACAGGUGCCAAGAUGGCGUCUGCACGUGCUUGCUACCUCUAAAGGAUGCAUUGCAGGUAACCUGUGUUUCCACGAUGUUGACGGUAAUUAUGUUGAUUGUAGCCAGACCAAAGCAGGAAUCCAAGUACCGAGCCACAUAGAGGGCCUGGAACAUAUCCAAACGGACGCAGAUCAUGUCUUAGUCGUAGAAAAAGAUGCCAUAUUUCAGCGGUUACUGAGUGAAGGCUUUUGCGAACGCAUGCGACCAUGUAUAGUAAUUACGGGCAAAGGUUUUCCUGACAUGAACACCAGGAUGCUUCUUAAUCGAUUGUGGAGGGAGUUUUCCCCUAAAUUUUACAUCCUGGUGGACGCUGAUCCGUACGGAAUAGAGAUUAUGACCGUGUAUAAGUACGGUUCCCGUUCCCUGUCCUUUGAGGCCCCCAUGCUGACGGUUCCCGGCUUGGAAUGGCUCGGAGUUCUACCAAGCGACAUACAACGACUACGCCUUAAGGAGGAUAGCCUUAUAGACUUUAAGCUUUCAGACAGGAACAAAAUAUCUGAUAUUUUGGCUCGACCGUAUAUUUCCAAGUCACAGUUGUUGUACAAAGAAUUAAAUGUUUUGUUGGAUCUUGGCAAAAAGGCUGAAAUCGAGAGCCUCGAUUCCAUAUCAACUUCCUUUCUAACAAACGUAUACCUUCCGACCAAGCUAAAACACGGGUGUUCAUAAAAGAAAACCCAGCUUAUUUUGUGGCCCAUUGUAUAUCGAUAUUUACUGCGAAAAUAACGUUGGGUUUUACCGGGUAUAUAUAACGUAUACCAUUUUCAUGAAUGAGUUUUGAAAUAAAAUUCUCAAUUUUUGACGUUUCUCUAAAAGGCGAGUUUAUCCAAAAUUGUGUCAUAUUCGAAUAUCAUUUCUGGCUUAUUUUAUCUCUGAAAUA